AUGCCGGCUAGAAUCGAUGCCAAAAUGGCGGUGGUUGUAAAUAGUGAAAACGUGUCCGAUGAAGACUGGCUUGUGUUGCGGGCCCAGAGCUAUAUCAAGACUGAUACCUACGCCGCCAAAGCAUGGAUGAUCACAGCUAAAAGUUUGUUUCCCAAAAACUUUAACAUUCAGUUUGAAGCAUAUAUGCUGGAAAAAUCAGGGAAGAAUGUUGCUGAAGCUGCCCAGAUGCUCUCAGAAAUGUUCCAGAAUUUUCCACAUGAGCCUAAACUAUGGGCGGAACUGCAAUCCAUGCUGGAAGCAAUGCAGUCAGACUCUUUGGACUCUAAAUCUCAGUUACUUACAGAUAUUUUUGCUGCUGUGCCCACAAAUACACAAUGCCGAAUGCUUUUGUGUAUGGCUAAUAAGAUUAAUGACAUCUUAGAGCAGUGUCGGCUUUUACUAUUGGCAAUGAGAAAAUUUCCAAAUUUAGUUACAGAACAAGGGCUAAAGUUGAUAGAAACAUUGAUAUUCUCCGAAGGUGUUACAACAGUGUAUUCGCCAGUCAACUGCUACCGAAAACUACUUGUGUGUGAUGUACUUCCACUGGUACUACAGAAAUGUCGUGUAGUCAUUCCACCCACAGACCUUUAUCUUUGGCUUCAAAAGGCCAUUGAAUUCAGUAUUACGUAUGUCACGCAGCCACCAAGUCAAAGUGAACAAGCAACUCCAGCCUCUGCAGAUAUGAUGUCCCCUACCAAGAAAGUAAUGAUUAAAAAGUAUCCAUCAAUUGCUGGUUUACAAGAAAAAGAGAGUCAAGUUUCUGAUCCUUGGGGCAGCCUUUUUAAACUCAUCCAACACAUUGCAACUUUACUUAAUUGGGACAUCGACACAGACUUCUUCACCAAACCAAGAGAUUACCAGUGGCAACAAAUUUUAGUCAUGUACCAACGAGUCAGUCAGACAAACCAAGAAUCGAAUUCUCAUCAAAUGUUGUACAUGACUACAGUCAUCUUCCUUGACUGCCUCUAUUCAUAUAUCAGUUGCAUUGAUACAGACAUUUUUGCAAUCAGUUCAUCUACAUCUGGUCUUCAAUCCCCUUUAGUUCUCAUUGAAGGCUUUAAAACAGAUCGAUCAAACACAGAUGUCAAGUCAAAGAAACUACGUCCAGACAUGCAGCCAUCUUGUCCUCACAUCACAGCCAAUUCUCAAAUUCAAGAUUCACAAUCAAUCAUCAACAAUUUCACAACAGCCCUCAAAUGUUAUGAAUUAUUACAUUCAGAUGAUCUGUUACAAAGAGAUUUCAUCAAACUCUGUCAAAACUGGAGGUCUGAGACAUGGUCUUGGAUGGGACAUUUUCAGACGGAUAUGUUUAUAUAUCAGGGCCUUUUUCAAGAAGCAGUAGGUCACUUGCAAAAUUUCCGUGUUGGAAUGACAGAAAAGAUGCAGUUACGAAACACUUUACAAUUGGCCUCCUGUUUCUAUUGUCUUUCAAAUUACCCAAGAGCCUGUGAGCUCAUCCUGGAUAUGAUUGGUUCAUUAACUGAGUUCUCUAACAUGGACUCUAAAACAACUCCAGCUGUGACAGAUAAAGAGAGCAAAAACAAAAAACCUUCAUCUGGGCGCCAACUGCUUCUGACUGUUUGUUCAGAGUCAGAGAUUCUCUCCUAUUGCAUUCAACUAUUACUCUCUUGUUUUAAGGAGAAGGCCUUUCAAGCUAAUGCAGAGGAUGUUGUUCUUGGUCACAUGAUUGUUUUGCUUCAAUAUGAUUGGCCCAAACAUUAUUCAACUUUUUCUAAGGCAAUACAUGCGAUCCAAUCACGUAGAAUGUUUACUUACAACAUUUUCUUCAAUUAUGUGAUCAAUAUAGAUAUUUUAGAGGAAUUUGCAUUCAUCAAAACCCAGGAAGGAGGCAAAGUCAGCCUUGAUAUUCUACCAAUAAGCACAAAAGUGAUGGCUCAGCAGCGUACCGUGACUCGAGGAGUAAACAAAGGAGUGAAAGAAGAUUUCCGUGCCACAAUGGAGAAACAAAUCUCUCGUAGCAAUGAACCCAUUGAAAAAUUAGACGGAAGAGGUCAGACGGGAGAGACCGCGAUCGGUCGGCACAUCGUCGUCACGUGCGUGAGCACCCGCAGGCGACCAUUACGGGUCGCGGUGCUACAAAAAGACGGGAGAGAGACUCGGAGAACGAGACCGUCCGUUUCUCCCGACCAUUUUAUAUUAUUAUUCGAAAUCAAAUACAAAUGGAGUAAUCUAUCUAUCUAUCUAUCUAUCUAUCUAUCUAUCUAUCUAUCUAUCUAUCUAUCUAUCUCAUGUUGUCUCUGUCGUAGGUUGAUUAAACUGAUGGGAAUAGGCAUCAACUCUAAUAACAAUGAAUGUAUUUUUACUUCAUCCGAUAACAAAUAUGACAAUGAUAAAAAAAAAAUCAAUUCUGACAGAGUUUCAACUGUGACAACUUCUUCUUCUUCUUCUUCUUCUUCUUCUUCUUCUUCUUCUUCUUCUUCUUCUUCUUCUUCUUCUUCUAUGUGCCGUAUUUCUUCCGAACGUUGGCGAUCAUGGCUCUCCACAAUUUCUUGUCCUUUCUAG